AUUACAUGAUUACAGUAAUUCCGUACCUUGUGCCCGGGGCCUCAGUGUAUUGCUACUGCUACUGCUACUGUUGUUGUUGUUGUUGUUGUUGUUGUUGUUGUUGUUGUUGUUGUACGGUGGUCAGUGUUUGACUCAAAAGUCCAACUGUAAUUCAGAGCCUGAGAGCAUUUGUUUUGUGUAUGCAUUUGAAACAACGUUGACAACCGUACCAACUAUUUUUUCCUAUUUUGAAUAUUUUAUUGUGUGUACACGUUGGUGCUGAAAAGUGAUUCUAUUUUCCAUUUGAUCGCCGUCAAUUAUGUGAUUGGCUGCAACAAAAAAGGCUUUUACAUCUAAAACAAUCAAUUAACGCGAAUUUCGAAAUGCAAUUUCCUCAUCAUUAGUUUUGAUAUUCCGUGCAUGGCCAUAAUUUGUUCUAUCUUUCGUUUAUGAACAAUUUUACAUCCGCAUUUUUGAUGGAUCUAUAUUUGUUGAAGCGUUCGUAUUUUAUCAUCCUGAACUAUGUGAGAGUGAGCGCGCGCACACGCAUCGCGAUUCUCUCCCGAUUCAAUCAAGUCACAAUAAACAUAAUGAAAGGCAAUGACAAUCAAGGAACAUUUUUCGUCGCGCUAAACAAAGAACCGAGAAUGAACUCUCAGCGUGUUUAUCGUAGUAUAGGGAAGAACUACGUAGUAAAUCAUUCUCACUUAAGCAAUCGUCAUCGUGUGCGAGUGUGAAUUUUUUUUGUUCUGUUCUGUGAUUGCCAAACAACAAACCAAAAACAAAAGCGAAUGAGCACCAAUCAAAAUGUGACGGCUGACUUUCAAUACAAACAAAUUGUGACGACGCAGUAAACAAUUGAAAUGGGCCGCAAAAGCGAGUGUGUGUGUGUGUAGUUUUGUUGUUACACAUCAAAAUAAUGCAAUUAUAUCGAAUUAUCAUUGUAAACGAUUCCGUUUGAGUGAUAUCAUGAAUUGAAUCGGCUGAUCAAACAGAAAUUCACCUUUAAAAAAUAGCUUUUUACAUAGACUAAACAAGCUUCAACUUGAAUUGAACGAGUACUUCUUUUAUUGUAUCAAAUGACCCGUUCUCAAUUCGAAAUAAAAGAAAUUCUCUCAGUGAAUUUAUUGGAAAACUUUAAAAUCAAUAAAAUGAUGAUGAAAAAAAAACGAAACAUUUCUCGCGGCAUCGAGAUUCCCUUCAUCUGUAGGUCUAGCCUUGGAUCCUGCACAAACGCGAGGUUAUGCAAUAUCUAUCGUCUAUUACGCGAUGUAUAGUAUAGUUGAUUCGGGAUUGUCAUUGUCAUUGCAAAUAGGUUCAAACACAUGUUUAACAGCAUUGGUUGAAUGCAAUGUUUCAACAAACAAUCUCGUAGUUGCCGACGACGACGACGACGACAACAACGGCAACGACGACUCAAAGUGCCUCUUAACUCAGUCGCCACACGUUUUUCCUAUGCACUUUUGGUGCUUUGACUAUACCCACAGAGUCAAAGCUAUACCAUACUAUAGAUUCAAUAAAUUCCUAUAGUUGCCAAGAUCGAAUCAUGCAAUUUUCAUUCAGUUUCAAUUUAAUUCAGAGCUCACUUUCAUUUCGUGCUGCCUGGUGGUGGAAGUGAACUAACGAAAUUUUGCGUUGAAACAACAACAAUCUUUUUUAUUUCCUCUUCUCCGACGUUUUCGGUCUUGAUUUAAUCGUAAACUGUAGAUUUGUGUGUGACGUAUUUGUUUCAUUUUGCGUGUUUGUCUAGCAAUGAAGUUUAGAACCGCAAACGAAGUGAAUGUGGUUUAUACAAUUUCAACAAUCUCCGCCGCAUGAAAUUGUGUAUAAUAUAUUUUUUUUCGCUUCUAUGUAUUGAUAUGCGUGUGUUUGAUGUGUUGUGUGUGUGUGUGUGUGUGUGACUGUGUCCGUUUUUGUAAUGCGUGCGGUAUAAGUGUAUAUUUUUAGUCAUUUCAAAUGGAAAUGUGCGCUCAAUUCGGAGACAAAACAAAGUCAUCGUGUUUUCUGUUAGUACGUCACCAAUAGAAUUUGAUAAGGAAAUCUAGUAAAAUAGAAACACACACAAAAUUUGAUCAUCAGCCCGAAGAAAAUAUAUAGCAAAAUCCAACAGAAAUUAUGAUCGGUUUGGAUGAUUAUGAUGAAAUAUCGGAGUCAACGAGCGAAUUACCGGAAAAACCGUUGAAAGAAUGGCGACGCAAAUUCGAAGCGGCCAGUUUAGAGUCGCCAAAUUUAAUGCAAUAUUUUCAAGCUGCCUCACCAUUUUUCUUCACCAUCGACCAAACAGCUGAAUAUUCCGAUCUGGCCAGAUGUAGUUUUGAUGAGCAAGGUGCAAAAAAUGCGAUCAUCGAUGUUCUUGAGGAGUUUAUAUUCGGCGAUAAUCCAGAAACGGUGCUGGCCAAAAUCCGUGGCGAAGAGAAUGCGUCGACCGUUUGUGGGCGAGUGUUCAAAAUGAACGAACCAUUUUACAGUUGUCGCGAAUGCGGCAUGGAUCCAACUUGCGUACUAUGCGUGAAUUGUUUCAAACAGUCAGCACAUCGUCAUCACAAGUACAAGAUGGGAACCAGUGCGGGCGGGGGAUGCUGCGAUUGUGGCGAUAACGAGGCAUGGAAACAAGACCACUACUGUGAUGAACACAAACAGGGAAGCGAAAAGAUGUUACAAAGUAAUUUUAUAACAGAACGAAUGCGGGAUCGUUGCAAAAUUGUAUUCGACGCAAUUUUGAAUUACUGCGUGAGAUCGUUGAAAAUCGAAGCGAAUGGCAGCAUCAAAAACAUGGAUUCACAAAAUGAAGACGUCUAUUGUACAGUGUUGUACAACGAUGAAACGCAUACGUUCGAUCAAGUGAUUAACACGUUAACACGAAUUGUUGGAUGGCAGCAAAAAGACGCCGUUGAAUAUGUGUCAACAAUCGAUCGUGAAGGUCGAGCCGUUGUUAAGUGUUCGACAUUCAGUUCGUGUAUGAAACUGAAGAAUGACAUUGAAAAUCAGUCGAUGCGAUCGACGGUUGCAAUCAAACCGACCGUUCUGAAAGUUGCUGUGCUCCACAAAAACGAUGUCGCCUAUCAGCAAUUUUCGCUGCAAUUGUUGGCCUGGUUUCAAGAAUUUCUCACACGUCAUGCCGUUUUUCGGUUUUUAUUCUGCGAAAUAUUGAAACAAAGCACCGAUUACAGUCUUCGUGAAAUUCUAACCAAUGAUUCGAUGCUAUGGAAAACGGCACGAACCAGUUGGCACCAUCUCCUGAUAUCUGGCAUGCUGAUGGAAUACGAAAACAAAAAGACACUUGCGGUUAUGUUCACCCGACAAUAUACACGAAUUAUGCAAGAUUUCAUUUGCCAUGAUGAUCAUGAUCACUCAUUUUCGAUUGUCUCGAUGAGCGUGCAACUGUUUACGGUGCCAUCGAUAGCCCAACAUCUGAUUGCGAACGAAGACGCAUUCUACAAGCUAAUGUACACAUUCUAUUCGGAAUCAAUAGAGAAAUAUGUGAAGAAGAAGGUGCUACAAUUCACACGAAACGCCGGCAAUAUGAACAUUUUUAAGCGGGCCGCAUUCAUUUUGUACGACAUCAAGUACAUUUUGAGCUUCAAACCGGCCGUUUGGACGGAUGGAUUGCGUUCGAAUUUCUUGCACGGUGUGCAGAUGCUGAUUCGAUUGUUGCGCGAAAUGCAAGGCAUGGACAGUGUAUUCCGUCAAACGGGCCAGCACAUGGAAUACGAACCGGAAUGGGAAUCCGCAUUCAAUUUGCACAUCAAAUUAGCGCCGGUGAUUUCGUUGGUGCUGGAUUGGUGCAGCAGUGAUCGUAUCGUACUGAUCAAAGUCUACCGAAUGGUGAUGAGUGCACUCACCGAAACCGAUUUUAUUGUGUCACAAACGACGUCGGAGAUCAAAGAGUUGGCCGAUCACAGCGUCUGGUGCUUGAUGUACGAUGUGGGCUCGAAACCGGUUUCAAUCCAUUUACCAUUAUCACGAUUUUUUGCCGGUCUAUAUUUGCACCUAGAAAAAUUCAAUUUAACCUUUGAUACAGUUCCCGUGAAGAAAUUGAAACCGGAUCAAACGAUCGAACCCAAACCCGAUCAAAUUAUCGAACCGGUUCUUUGUACCCUAACAAUGGUUGCUCAAGUACAUGCUGGAAUGUGGCGCCGAAAUGGCUACUCGCUAUUGAAUCAAUUGUAUUUCUAUCGGAACGUUAAAUGCCGUGCUGAAAUGUUGGAUCGAGACAUUGUAGCCCUGCAAAUUGGUGCAUCACUCAUUGAAAGCAAUGAAUUUUUGAUUCAUGUCGUAAAUAAAUUCAAUUUGAUCAAUUGGGCCAGUCCAGACUAUGAACAAACAUCACUUCAGAAUCCGGAAGAGGAUAGCAUUCGUCAGGUCAUUAACAUGGUUGAUGAACUGCUCGAAUUGAUAAUCGUAAUCGUUGGUGAACGUCAUGUUCCCGGUGUUGGUAUGGUCACGGAAGAAGAUAAAAUCAAAAAGGAAAUCAUUCAGUAUCUUUGCAUAAAACCAUAUUCACACUCGGAACUGAGUCGAACACUGCCCGAUUGCCAGAAUGAGGAAGGCAUCGAGGACAUUAUUGAUAGCGUUGCUGUAUUCAAAAAACCGACACAAUCCGAUAAGAUGGGCGUUUAUGAAUUGAAACCGCAAUAUUUUGAUGAUUACAACAUGUACUUCUAUCACUACACAAAGGAGGAAAAGAGCAAAUCCGAGGAAGAGCAACGGAAACGACGAAAAGCCAAAAAAGAAUUGGUUUGCUGUCCACCACCAAAACUGCCACAACUUACACCAUUGUUUAGUAUGUUGGCGAAUUUACUUCAAUGCGAUGUCAUGUUGCUGAUUAUGCACACCGUUUUAAAGCGUGCCAUCGACUUAAAGGCCAGAAGCUUUUCGGAGAGCCAUUUGCAAAAGGUGCUGCAUUUGAUUGGAUAUGCGGUGCAAGAGCAAGAAAGCAGUGCAUAUCCAUUUUUCACCUUUUAUGAACGUGCUGCCAAAUGGGAUAUAUUGCCAUUGAUGGAGGAGUUAAUCAAUAGUCCAAGAGUUGAAGCUCACCGUGACCUGAUCUUGUGGACGGUUCGUCGAUACAAAACGUUGCAACAAUCCGAUAACCAGCAGAUGGAAAGUGAAGAAACGGCCACCGGUAGCGGUGAACAUUCGGGUGAUCGUAGUGCUGCUGAGGCGGAAAAGGCCGAAAAAGAAGAUCGUGCCCGACUAGCAGCUGAACGUCGUGCAAAAAUCAUGGCACAAAUGGCAAGUGCGCAAAAGAAUUUCAUGUCGUCGAAUGCUAAGUUGUUUGAGGCCACCGCUACUGCGGUGCAGGACAAGAACGAAUCGGCCAUGGAAUGGCAAGAAGAAGAAAAUAAUCAUUUGGCGAAGCAAAUAUGCUUGGGUCCAAAUCGAAAACAUCAUUUUGUCGAAGACUUGAUGGUUACGUGUAUUCUGUGCUCUGAAGAUGCAGUCGUAAGCAAUGGCCCAUGCAUGGUUUACUCGGCAUUCGUUCAAAAAUCCCAUGUUUUGCUACCGCUCGACACAAUUUCCUAUCCACACACCAGUUCAUGUGGCCAUGUGAUGCAUGCCAGUUGCUGGAAAGAGUAUUUCAACAAUGAAGUGUUGAAGGAAAAUCGCCGACCAAAUCGAAACCGACAGUCCGGCAUGACAACCGAUAAGAAAGAGUUUUUGUGUCCAUUGUGCAGAUGCUUGAGCAAUGCAGUGAUUCCAAUUUCACCGGCUCUAUCUCGCAUUUUGCCAUCACAACAGUCAGAGUCCGGCAGCACUCAAACGAACGAUGACAUUGAACCGAUGCCAUUCGAUAAGUGGUUGUAUUUCAUGCAAAAUUACAACGGUGCUUUGCAGCUGAUCACCGAUAUGCCCGAGAUCGGAGACGAUAUCGUCACAAAACUUCCCGAUUUGGAAUCAAUUGUCAAGGAAUUCACAAGCAUUGAAGCGUUUGUUAAACUCGCACCGCCAACUUCACGCGAACUCUUGCCGACCGAGCUUCUGGAGUAUGUGAGUGAAUUCGCAAAUUCAGCCAAACGAGCCGCUCCGUAUACGUCUGCCGAUGAAAAAGCCGAACCACAUCUUGUCACAUGGAUUUCGUGCUCGUAUACAAUUCAAACAUUGGAGAUGUACUUGCGUGCGCUGAACAAACCGAUGAAAGGACAAAUGUCGAUUCGGCAAACGAGCUGCUUAUCGGGACUGAUUCGUGAGAGUGGAUUGCUUGUGACCACCAUUUCCGAUGAUAUUGCCGCUAAAUUACUUGCUUUGCUACGCAGUCAAUUAUCCACCCUGUUUAUGAACAGCAGCAGUUGCUUCAUCGAAUGGGAUCUAUUCCGAAUGUUGGUCACAUUCAUCUUUAUCACACCAUCGGUUUUGUAUGCCCGAACACGACAGUGUAUCGUUCCAAAUGGCACUUUGCUCGAGCAUUAUCUGCUGAAAACCAUUUUCCUGGCACUAAUCACAAAGAUUCUGGUGUUGCACAACAUUGAUGAGAGUGUCAAGGCCGAAGAAGAUGCAUACAAUUACUACAUGGAUGUCGAAGAGAGCACCGUAACCUCGAACGCAGCCUCAGAAGACAAACAAACACCAAGUGAAACGGAAAGUAGCAGCAACUCGGAAACAGAUGUGCUCAUUGAAUUCUAUAACAAUCACAAUUUCUAUGUGAUCGAUGCACGUGAUGCCGGCGUCGCACCGCCAGCUGCAAACAAAACCCAGAAACAACUAAAAGAGUUCAUUAUGAAGGCGAUCCGUGAUGAGAGUCGGAUAUUUUUGCGCUGUGCAUGCUUGUUAUUCCAACAUCUGACCGACAUUGAUUUGCCCGAUGAGAUGUUCGAUUCGGACGGUGAUCGAUUUGAGGUGAUGUGCGAGUACCUGGGCUUGAGCAGCGAUAUCGAAACUUACCUGAAAUGUGAUAGUAUCAAUUCAUUCAUGAGCAAUUUGGCAAUGCAUCCAGACAUUGAACAGUUCCGAACGAAGCAACGGGCUGAAUUAACAACGGUGUUGGUGCCAUGUGUGCCACCCGUGCGAAAAUUGGUCGAUCUACCAACGGAUUACAGUGAUCUAAUCAAUACAGUGCUUACAUUUUCGUGUCCAAACAAUGAUCGCGAUGAAUCAUCACGUAAUCCGACAAUGUGUUUGGCCUGCGGAGUGACUCUAUGCUCAAUGACCUACUGUUGUCAGUACGAGAUUGAAGGAUCAACGGUGGGCGCGUGCACAUAUCAUGCACAUGAAUGUGGUGCCGGUGUUGGUAUAUUCCUGCGCAUCAGAGAAUGUGAUGUGCUACUGUUGGGCGUGAACAAAGGCUCAUUUGUACCACCGCCCUAUCUCGAUAAGUAUGGCGAAACCGAUCAAGGUCUUCGACGCGGUAACCCAUUGAAAUUGUGUCCAGAACGAUAUCAAAAGCUCAAUUUGCUUUGGCUUAAUCACGGUCUUCACGAGGACAUCGCUCGUUCGGCUGAAUCCAUCAACAAUGUCAUACCAACCCAAUGGCAACAUCUAUAGUUAUCGAUGGAAAAUCAUUCAUUUUGUUCGUUGUGAUGAAAAUUUUUAACAAAAAAAAAAUGAAAAUAAAUCGUAAUCAAUUUGCAAAUAAUAUCCAAAAUGGAUCUAGAAAAAAAAUUGUUAGAAAAAAAAAAACACAUACACACAAGAAAGACUGCGGUCAAUAACUGUAAAAUAAAGCUAAAGAAAAUUGAAUUUUGUUUAUAGGAACAAAAAGGUGAAGAAGAGUAAUUAGUUAAUAAAAUCUCAUGUUUACUUUUUGCAAUUAUUGCACAAAACAACAAUUUUGCCCGAAUUAAUUAGAAACAGAUUGAACAAAAUCGAUGCAUUUUCUCAUCGCACGCAGCUAUAGGAAACUUACGUGUUCUAUAAGAUUUUAUUUUUUUUUAUUCUUUUUUCAUUAUCUCCUAAUCUCUUUUAUUUUACUUUUGAUUUUAUGACUUAUAGUUUCGAGAUUGUGGCUCUUCUUUAACCAAUAUUAGUUUAAGAUCUGGUGAAAUGACUUGAAGUAUUUCACAAAUCCAAUCUUUUGUCCUCUCUGCUCUCAAUUUUCUAAGAAUUUGUAGAUGAUGAUGAUGAAGAAAAAAAAGCAUGUAGAGUGGCCAAAGUAGCAAAUAAUCACGUUUACUUUAAAAAUAUUGCUAAAACAGAUGAAGAAUUAAAGAGAAAAAACAUACAUAUAUAUAUAUAUAGAAAUCGUAAGUCGGUUGGCCUAUGGCACAAGCUAAAAAGUUGUUUUGUAUAUUUAAAACAAAAUAUAUAUUAUAAAUGAAA